GCAGUGUUUGUGGAGGGGCUGGAGAGGCAGGCAAGCUGUGCCAGGUUGGAGCAGCCUCCCCUUCCUGAAGCUGGAAAAGCUUUUACAGGGGUUUGUCUUCCCCUGCCUGGAAAAGAAUUUCCCCUCUGCUAGCAGCCGCCGCCGCCGCAGCAGCAACAGCAGCCCUACCUCCUCUUCUGGGGAACAGGGCAGAAUGCCUGUGCUAGAGCGGUAUUUCCACUCGGCAGAGCUAGGCAGGAGGUGGACAGCCCCAGAAGGUGUGCUGCCCUCCUCGCUGGGCAGCCAGACGGGGUGCCAGCAGGGGCCGCUGCCCUGGGACUUGCCAGAGAUGAUCAGGAUGGUCAAGCUGGUUUGGAAAUCCAAAAGUGAGCUGCAGGCAACCAAGCAGAGAGGCGUUCUGGAAAAUGAAGAUGCUCUCCACAGCUUUCCAGGGGACAUCAAGAUCAAUGGCAUAACNNNNGUUCCUGCUGAACGCCGCGGCUCCUACCCAUUCAUUGACUUCCGCUUACUUAACAAUACAACAUACUCAGGGGAAAUUGGCACCAAGAAAAAGGUGAAAAGACUGUUAAGCUUUCAAAGAUACUUCCAUGCAUCAAGGCUGCUUCGUGGAAUUAUACCACAAGCCCCUCUCCACCUGCUGGAUGAAGACUAUCUGGGACAAGCGAGGCUAGGAAACAGCUUGGUAACACUGCUGUGCCACCUCUUCAACACCCAUGGGCUCAUUCACCACUUCAAGUUAGAUAUGGUGACCUUACACAGGUUUUUAGUCAUGGUUCAAGAAGAUUACCACAGCCAAAACCCAUAUCACAAUGCUGUUCAUGCAGCCGACGUCACCCAGGCCAUGCACUGCUACCUGAAGGAGCCAAAGCUCGCCAGCUUCCUCACGCCUCUGGACAUCAUGCUUGGACUGCUGGCUGCAGCAGCACACGAUGUUGACCACCCUGGAGUGAACCAGCCAUUUUUGAUCAAAACUAACCACCACCUUGCCAACCUCUAUCAGAAUAUGUCUGUGCUGGAGAAUCACCACUGGCGAUCUACAAUUGGCAUGCUUCGAGAAUCAAGGCUUCUCGCUCACUUGCCAAAGGAAAUGACACAGGAUAUUGAACAGCAGCUGGGCUCCUUGAUCUUAGCAACAGACAUCAACAGGCAGAACGAAUUUUUGACCAGAUUGAAAACUCACCUCCACAAUAAAGAUUUAAGACUAGAGGAUGCACACGACAGGCACUUUAUGCUUCAGAUUGCCUUGAAGUGUGCUGACAUCUGCAAUCCUUGUAGAACCUGGGAGAUGAGCAAGCAAUGGAGUGAAAGGGUGUGUGAAGAAUUCUACAGGCAAGGUGACCUUGAGCAGAAAUUUGAACUGGAAAUCAGUCCUCUUUGUAAUCACCAGAAAGACUCAAUCCCUAGUAUACAAAUUGGUUUCAUGACUUACAUCGUAGAGCCACUCUUCCGGGAAUGGACCCGUUUCACAGGAAACAGCCCCCUGUCUGAGAACAUGCUAAGCCAUCUCACACACAACAAAGCCCAGUGGAAGAGCCUGUUGCACAAACAACCCAGGAGCAGCAGCGGUGGCGGCCCGGAGCACGCAGGCCCAGGGACCGAGAAGGAGGCGCAGACUGGACCCGCCGCCGAUGCCCAGUAG